UGGGCAUACUGUAGUAUUUAAGCCUGUGCAUUACCCAAUAAAUACUUCAGAAAACUGGUAACGUGUGAGCUAACUGUAUCGGCUCUAAAAUAACGGCCACAAAUCUUAUCAUAUAUCAAUAACGCAGCUCUGGACGUAUCAUAAUAUAUAUUAACAUAAUAACGUUUAUAUUAUAUAUCGAUACUUUUAUUGUGUUUAAUUCUAAAAUUUUAAUUAUAGAACAAAAACGGGAACAGUGUUUAAAAACUUUAUUGAAGACAAAUGAGUUUUGAAAAUCAACAAUAGUGAUUGGAUUUAUUGUAGUACAUUAUAACAGGUCACAGACAGCACAUGGUCACAAGAAUAAAAUGAUAUAAACUGACGCAAAUAAAUUUCUACAUCAGGCUUUCCCCGAUAUCAAGUACAAAAUGGACGACAUCCUUGAAAAUAUGACCACUCUGUAUAACAGCAGUUUUGACAACAUAACUUCAAGUAUGGACAACUUUACAAACAUGACGACACCUCCUACAAUUACAGCUGAACAAAGUCAUCUUGUUGUUCGAGAUUUGAUUUACAACCAUCUCGGACCGGUUGUUUGCAUUUUUGGGAUGCUCACUAACAUCAUCAAUUUGAUUGUUCUGACACAGAAUCAACUGCCAGAAUCACCCUACACAUCCCUAACAGGUCUUGCAUGUACAGAUUUUUGUGCUCUCAUGCUCUCUUUUAUUUACAUGGAGUUCUCCAAGGACACUUACACAUAUGAAUGGCGCAUCUUUGAUGCAUACAUAUUCAUUGGUCUCGUGAAUGUUUGUACAACGUCAAGCAUAUGGAUAACUGUUCAGUUAACAGUUGAACGGUUCCUUUUUGUCCGCCACCCACUAUGGGCUAAAGAUACAUGUGAUCGUGCAAGCGCCAAGGUGAAGGUCCUGAUGACAGUUGCUGCAGCCGCGGUAUUCAAUAUCCCAAGAUUCCUUGUUUUCAAGCCAAGAUACUAUAAAGAUAUGUGGAUUCUAGAUUCCACAGAGUUCCGGCACAGCACAGCAUUCUUCGUCAUAAAUUGGUUAUACAGUGUAUGCAUACACUUCCUACCCUUGCUGAUAUUAAGCGCUGCCAACAUCUACUUGGUGUUUGCUGUCCAUCAAGCAGGAAAACAGCGGCAAAAGCUACAUAUUCGGAACAAUCGAGAGGCAGCGUGGCAGAGAGAACAACGUCGCCUCACCAUAACACUCAUCAGUAUCGUAUUUCUGUUCAUCAUCUGCAUUAUUCCAUCAGCAUUUUCCGACUUCCCCAUUGCCUACGCCUUGUUCGGAGGAGACAAAACUAAACAGCAGUUUAAAACUUCAUCAUUCUAUUUCAGCCUUCAGUAUAUUGCAAAUUUCCUUGUGUGGGUAGAGCUUUCCCUCAACUUUGUACUGUAUUGUGCUUUUAAUGAAAAGUUUAGGCGUGUGAUGAAAUUUACAGCAAAUCGCUGCAUAAAAAAACUAAACGUUCCUUUCUGUCGGAAAAAAAACAUUCUACUACACGUGAAUUUCAAAUCUGGGCAGAGUAGUACACGGAACAGUGUUCUUCACACUAACAGUCUAACAAUGAACUCAAAAGGGUCAUUGGUCCAUCAUGAAGGUCAGCCACUACAGAAAGUCAUACAAACUGGCGAGAAGCAGGAGACUGUCCCGAAUGGUGAUACACCACUGUUGAAUCAAAGCGUGUAGAGUAUCUAGCUGCGUGCAGACAUUGGCAUAUUUCAUUAAAACAUUUGUUAUGUAAAAAAUCUUUAAUGCUAUAUUUUUAAAGGGUAGACAGAAAAGGAUGUUUAAAAAGUUAAUAAUAUUCAUUUGAUGAAGGAAGGAUACUUUUAUAUUCAACAUAACAAUCAAAGUUGAACCAAAUAUCAAAUAUAAACAAAUUAAUAAGUUAUCAUUUAGAAAAGGAAAGGGAUCAAUUUUCAGGAAAGGGAUCUCACUCAUAAAGAUGUGAAAUAAAAAAGUGUAAAACUUAAAAUAAAAUGCAAACUUUAAAGAAAUUACACUGAGAAAAGUGUGCUUUAGUAUUUUAGUACUGGAGUUAUCAGUACUUGAAUGUGGACUUCAGAAAUUACAUUCUGGACUGACUUAUUUGAUAAUUUUUGGAUCUUGACAAAAAGAAAGUGCUUGGUGAGAUGGGAUGUUUGAAUAAUAUGAUGAUAAUUUCCACUAAAUGUUUCAUUAUGUACCCAUCAAUCGUUAGAAUGUUCUGAUGACCAAACAUUAUAAAUUAACAGCUUUGACUGUGACGAUGUGACAUAGACGCGUGACACAAAGAGAGUGUGACAGAACAAUGAUAAUACCCAGUUAAUGAUAUAGUAUAAUAUCAUAACUAUCUUUCAUAAUGACAAAAUAUUAAUUCUGGAAAAGGGAGAUCAUUUUCAAGCAAUAAAAUACUAAUCAUAUAGUUGAAAAUUAUAGACAGUUUUAAUAAGUUUAUGAAAGAUAAUGAAAAAUUUAAAAAUCAAACGAGAAGUUUGAUUUCAAUUCUUUGAGUAAGAAUUGAGUAAGGGCAUCUCAUUAGCUAAUGCAGUAUCCAAUCCUCAUAGCAAGAACCCUUGCAAUUCUACAACCAAUAUGAAUAAUUUAGUGCCUUCUUGCCUGAACAAAAUUUCAACUUUACCCAUGACAUUCAUCUACUUACCGAUCAAAAUUCUCUCCACUAACUAUACAUAUUUUGCUUUCAUCAAAAUCACAACAGGGCAACUUUUAGCUUUGUGGUAAUACUUACGGUAAAGAAUCUACAAUUAUGAUGAUGAUGAUGUCACAUAGUUCUAUACUCAUCUGGUAUGCCACAAUAUUUCCUCACCAUAUUCAUUAUCUGUUGAUCAACACAGAAAAAUUGCAAGCAAGGUACCAGUGACAAAAAAAUGACAAGGAUUAUGCUUUGUCAGGCCAGUGUGUUUGUCUGAUAGCGGAUUGUAGGACAAUGUGUUUGUCUGACACUGGAUUGUGGGACAAACAGUGGAUUGUGGGACAGUGUGUUUGUCUGACAGUGGAUUGUGGGACAGUGUGUUUGUCUGACACUGGAUUGUGGAACAAACAGUGGAUUGUGGGACAGUGUGUUUGUCUGACACUGGAUUGUGGAACAAACAGUGGAUUGUGGGACAGUGUGUUUGUCUGACAGUGGAUUGUGGGACAGUGUGUUUGUCUGACAGUGGAUUGUGGGACAGUGUGUUUGUCUGACACUGGAUUGUGGAACAAACAGUGGAUUGUGGGACAGUGUGUUUGUCUGACAGUGGAUUGUGGGACAGUGUGUUUGUCUGACAGUGGAUUGUGGGACAAACAGUGGAUAAUGGGACUAUGAAUUGCAAGUCUGUGUACAUCUUCAACUAUUUAAGGAACUGAAGGUAGUUGUAAGCUAAGCCAAGUAGUGAAAAUGUGAAAAGAUAAUGAUUAUCAAAAAAUUACUAGUGACAGAAGGAAGUCAUUUCAAGUGCUUUUUUGCAAAUUGUAGUCAGUUGUAUCAUUGUAGAAUAAAUAAAUUGGAAAUAAACUAAUUACAUAUAUGUAUAUAGUACAUAAGAACUAAAUAGGGCAAUUAACGCAUAGUCUAAAAGACACUGUACAAUUUAUAUCUAAAUUAGGGCAAUACAAAAUGCUUGUUAAACUAUGGAAACACCUGUAACUGACUGUAAAAAGGUAUAAAAGGAAGUAACCAGUUCAAGGCACUGCAAAGUUUAUUUGCAAGCAUAUCAUGCUGUGAUGAGUCAAUCAUCUAACAUGAAUUAAAGUUGCCUGACAUUAAAAACAUUAGAUAUUAACUGUUCUAAAUGAACUGCCAAUUAUGUCAAAAUAUGAAUCUUAAAUAAGUUUGACCUCAUUAUUUAAUUUAUUGCUAGUUAUUCCCUCAUUAAUCAUACACUUUGUCCUUAUUUACUGUCAACUUAAUGCCAAAUUUCCAUUUUGAACAACAAAAAAAUUGAUUUAUUGAUUUUAAGGGUUCAAUUUUAACUUACUGAACACCCACACAUUAUAGUGGUUAUUAAUUUUCUUGACAUUUAUUUUCAACACCUGUCAUUAUAAAGUUUACAAUGUUGUUUCAAUGGUUGAAUAAAAGUCUAAUUAAUUUAAUUUAAAUCAAAUUAAUGAGUGAAUUAAACCAAAAUGUGGUUACAUUGUCUUUGGGAUAGAUUAGAAACAAAAGAAAAAUUAGCUAAUUACUGUUCAAUUACCUUAAUUAAUUACAAUGUCACCCUAGCUAACAGGUGAUAUAUGGUGCUGGAUGGAAAAGUUAGGUGCAUCUACUAUUUGCAAUAAUCUUAUGGGUUUUUUCACCUGGACUUUGAAACUGAAUGUCACAUUGGCAUUGCAAUUAAACAUUUUUAACACAAUUUGCUGGGCAGACAAGCUAGUCUCCUUUAAACUUUGUUGAGUGAGGGGGAACUGGGGUUUUAAACCCUGAAUAAGGAUUAAGGGUAGACUAGGAUAUCAUACAUUUAGUAUAGAGAAAAGUUACAAGACUGGAGAAUAUUUUGUGACUUAGACUAUGAGAUCAUGUGAUAGAGAAGAGAAAGCUGGGAAUAUAUUUUGUGAUUUGUACAAUCAACUAAUGUUGUAAAUAGUCUUGAAUGUUUAGUUAUCAUUAGAGAAAUGGUACAGCCACAUAAUGUUACACAAUUUUAACAGACCUUAUUAAAACUUUUAAUGAAAAAAAAUACCAACUAAUUUUCAAACUUUUUCAAUUUAUUAUUGCUUUAAAUGCAAUGUAUAUUAAUAGUUAAAUAAAGGUUAAUUGUAAUUAUUUUUAAAUAUCCCAUUUCAUGAUCAAAACUCUUUGACAUUGUUAUAUUCCAAUUAAGCAUUUUAUUUCCUUUUUUUUUUUAAAAUUAUAUACAUAUAUAUUAUAUAUAAAAAAAUAACCCGAGUGAGCCUUUAUCUCAUGUAAGUUUCUUAUAUUUAUACCUCAAUCUUAAAUCUUUAUUUUUACACAGCCAAAUAUAGAUAAGUUUGUAAAAUAUUGUUGUAAAUUAUAUUUAAAUCUAUAUCAUCAUUUGUUUUUAUAAAUUCAUCAUGUUAUUUUAUUAAUUAAUAAAAUCCCGUAUUUCAUAUCUGUGAAAUAUAAUCAAUAUCAAUCACUGUAUAUCACUCACUACAUAUUCCUCAUUGUAAAUCACUCAUUUUCCAAAACUCAUUGUUGUUUGUCAAUAAGCAAGAAAUAAAAAGAAAAAAAUGUUUUUCUCGACUAUGGAAUAUAUCCGACUUCAAAAUAAUAUUUUUUGAUAUCUCACUCACAUUCAAAAUGGUAAAAUUUGUUCACUACUUCGUCAGAUAUAUUCCAUACUUGUUAAAAAAACAAAUGUUGUUAAUAAUCAUGAGCAACGGACCCCAAAAGAAGAUAUUUUCAAGAUCAUUAAGUCAUUAGAAUAUUAUUACAGCUAGGCCAUUAUAAAGGAAGAACAUCAUUGAAUCAAACCAUUUCUGAAAUUCUGAGAUGUGUAUUAGAAAAAGUUUUUCCCCAUUGUUUCCUAUAUAUUGUAAUAAAAGCAAACUGUUAACAAUUUAAAACUAAGUAAAAGUCCUUUCAUAUACAGAUCAUGAUAGUAUUCUUGAAAAUUUCUUCUUUUACAGCGAAUUUUUAAUGACAGUACUCCAGGGAAUCUGCCAUUCAUCAAAUUGAAUUGAACUAUAUUUUUUUAAUGAACUUUCAAUAAAAAACUUUUCCACAAAUUGUUUGACUGAAAUUGGUACUGAUUACCAAUACUACACAUACAUGAAAAUGGGUAUCAACAUGUUUCAUGUAAUUACAACAAUUAAAAUCGACUUUAUUUUUUUGCAUUUUUAUAAUUACAUGUAUUUAUUUAACCAAUUAAAUUUGAUUUUAUCAAUUUCUUGUAAAACUUAAAUUAUCUUAAUGUUUAACAUAUUUUUCAUGUGCUUUCUUCAUUUAAUUAAAAUAUGAAAUUAAAAAGUUCCAUAUAAUAACUCAUCAAAACUAUAAAACUUGAGCUUAAAAAAAACAAGAAUGGGAGUGAAGGCCUAAUGGUCAAAUUGUCAGCCUCACAACCAUGGGCUCACAGGUUUGAGCCCUACCUGGCAUGACCUAUGUUUCCCCAUAUGGCACCUGAACUGGUUAAAUUCCAAAAUGUUAAUUCAAAAGUUAUUGAUAUAAAUUUUAAAAUAAAAAUAACUAAUGUGAGCUUAAAUGAGAAAAGGUUCCCUUGGAGUACGAAAGCGCUGAAGUGCUCUAGUAUUUUAUUUGUGUCAUACUCAUUAUUACCUCAUGUUUUUAAAUGUUUAUUCUUUAUUUAUAUUUUACUAUACUGCAUAUAUUUAUGACUCAGUUUGUUUAUUUUUGGUAGGAAUAUGCCAACAGAAGUGUAUGAAGAUUGUAUUGUUGGAUGUCAUCAUAAAUUAGUCAUUGAAUUGGUUCCCAGCUACAAUGUAUAUUUAAGAUUUUUGCAACAUGGAAUGGUACCAAUCUAAAAAUUUUGAUUUUAACCAAUCUGACAAUAUGAAAUGGUACCAAUUUGACAAUGUAGAACAGUACCAAUCUAUGUGGAAUGGUACCAAUCUGUCAAUGAGGAAUAGAUCUUCUAUAUGUGAAAUUAAGAAAUUAAUUGUUUUCAAUUGGAAACCCCCUACAGGAAUGAAUCCCGAGGGUAUUUAUCCAAUGUUGAACAAUUCUUUUACAUAGCUAGGAAAUAAAUGUAGUUUCCUGACAUUUGAAGUUACAAAAGAAAAUAAUAAUCAAACUUCUUUAUUUUGUUAACAGAAUCCAUAAAAAGCUUAUAUAUCUCAGAACUGCUCAUUAUGAUCCUUGUUUGCAAACAUUUUCUCAUUCUAACUUUCUCUAAUUACAUGACUAUAUUGAUAUUAAUCUGGAGGCAUUUUCCUAUAAAAAAAUUAAAUACUGUUAUCAUUAUUUUAUCAUUAAUGCGUCUGAUUUUUGUAUUGUUGUUUUCGUUUUGAAUUUUCAGCUCAGUUUAUUGUCACUAUUACACUGUAUUUUUAAUUAUUCUAUAUGAUAGCAGUACUCUUAUUGUGUUGACCACCUUUAAGAUGUAUAUAAAAAAACUUAUCUGAAUAAAUAUAUUUCAUUUUUAUAAAAGUAAAAUUAUAAUUUACCAAAAAAGUUGUUCAAGUGUAGGCAAUAUAAUUUUUUUUCUUCUUUGAGUAGCAUUCCACUUUAUGCAACUUUUCAGACUGUCAUCAAAUUUGGACAAGAACAUUAUGAUUAAAGGGACUUCACUGACUAAAAUUUUUUUUUUGAGAUUAGUGUUUGAUUUGAUGUAGGUGUAAAUCAGUAA